CGCAGUUGGGAAGCGAUGCCGGGCCAGACGGCAGGCCUCGGCGUCGCUCUGCUGCACUCCUCGGCAGGCGAUCCGCCGCCGCUCGGGCCGCUACAGCCAAAUCGCCACCAGCCACCACCGCACUCGGCGGGCGACCCGCCACUGCCCGCCACCAGCACCGCCGAAUCGCCGCCGCCCACCACUGCCAAAUCGCCACCACCGCUGGCGAUCUGCCGCCUGGGGCGCCGGCGAAGCUACUCCCUCAUCACCCCUAAUGUUCUGCGGGUAGAGAGUGAAGAGAAGGUUGUGAUAGAGGCUCAUGGACUCAACUCCCAAACAGUGGUCACUGUCACUGUCCAUGAUUUCCCACAGCAGAAGAACACUUUAUUUGAGGUCACAGCUACCUUGAACAGAGAAAAUGGCAUGAUGGUGACCCCUUCCAUAAAGAUUCCUGUCAAACACAUGAAGAAGGAUUCCAAGCAAAACCAGUAUGUGACUGUCCGAGCCAGAUGCCCUCAUUUCCAGUUAGAGAAAGUGGUUCUGGUCUCCUUUCACAGUGGCUAUAUCUUCAUCCAGACAGAUAAAACUAUCUACACACCUGGAUCGAAUGUGCAUUAUCGUAUCUUCUCUGUGGGUCAUCACCUGGAACGUUCAAAUAAAACUGUGAUCAUCGAAGUUGAGACACCAGAAGGCAUUAUUGUCAGCCAGAAUAUCUUUGCCUCUAAUGUGAGAAACUUCCAGCCUUACCAUUUACCUGAGAUUGUCAGUUUGGGGACCUGGAAGAUUGUGGCCAAGUAUGAAGACUCCCCCCAGCAGUCCUUCUCAGCACCAUUUGAUGUCAAGGAGUAUGUGCUGCCAAGCUUUGAAGUCACAGUGGAACCAUCAGAGAAGUUUUUUUAUAUUGAUGAUGAGAGGGAUUUCAAAGUCUCUAUUGUUGCAAGGUUCCUCUAUGGGAAGAAACUGGAUGGUGUGGCCUUUGUACUCUUUGGAGUGAAAAUGGAUCAGGAGAAAAUAAACAUCCCAGACUCACUCAUGAGAAUUCCGAUUGUAGCAGGGGAUGGGGAAGCGACACUAACAAGAGCCAUGUUACAGAGCCGAUUUCGCAAUCUCACUGAUCUUGUUGGUCACUCCCUCUAUGUCUCUGUUACAGUGAUAACAGAAUCAGGCAGUGAUAUGGUGGUGAAAGAGAGAACAGAUAUUGGCAUUGUGACCUCUCCCUAUCAGAUCCACUUCACAAAAACUUCAAAGUACUUCAAGCCAGGGAUGCCCUAUGAAUUGAUGGCCUAUGUCACCAACCCUGAUGGCUCCCCGGCUCCCCAUGUCCCUGUGGUAGCAGAAAUCACCGAUACUACAAAUCCUAAAGAUAUUCUAGAGAGGAAUGCUGCAAUUACCCAGAAUGAUGGGACUGCUUUAAUGACCCUGAAUAUGCCUUCAAGAGAGCAACUAAAUAUCACUGUAAAAACCAACCAUGAGAUGCUCCCACAAGACCGCCAGGCCAACAAUACCAUAAUGGCUACAGCUUAUAAAACUCAGGGGGGAUCUGGGCAUUUUCUCCAUUUAGAGAUCAGAGCUGCAGAGGUCAAAGCUGGAGACAAUUUACGUAUUAGUUUCAUCAUGAACGACCGCCUUCUGUCGAGCAGAUAUUUCACCUACAUAAUCUUGAGUAAAGGGAAGGUGAUGAAGGCUGGGAGGCAGACGAGGACAGAUGGACAGAAUCUGGUCACCAUGUCUCUGCCUAUCACCCCAGAUCUCAUCCCUUCGUUCCGGUUUGUGGCUUAUUAUCAAGUAGGAAACAGUGAGAUCGUGGCCGAUUCUGUCUGGGUGGAUGUGAAGGAUACCUGCAUGGGAACGCUGGUUGUGAAAGGAGCAAGUGAGGCAGACAAUCGAAUUCAUGAGCCAAGAAGUCCAAUGGAAAUCAUGUUGGAAGGGGAUGCGAACGCUUGGGUUGGUCUUGUGGCUGUGGAUAAAGGAGUCUAUGUCCUAAACAAGAAGUACAAGUUUACACAAAAGAAGAUAUGGGACACUGUGGAGAAGAGAGACAUUGGAUGUACGGCCGGCAGUGGCAGGGACAACGUGGGUGUGUUUGCAGACGCUGGACUGACCCUGGUGACCAGCAAUCAGAUUUCGACACCCACAAGAUCAGGGCCAGAGUGCCCCCAGCCUGCAAGACGCAGACGCCGCUCCCUACAGCUCAUUGAGUCUAAGGCAAGCAAAGUGGUCCAGUAUGAGGAUCGGACUCUAAGGAAGUGUUGUGAAGAUGGGAUGAAGGAGAACCCCAUGGGGUACAGCUGCGAAAAGCGUGCAGAAUACAUCCUGGAUCAGAAUGCUUGCAAAGACACCUUCCUUGAAUGCUGUCGCUUCAUUAAAGGCAUCCGGGAUCAGCAGCAACGGGAUGAUCAUCUGAUACUGGCAAGAAGUGACUUUGAGGAUGAUUUCUUAUCGGAUGAAGAGAUCAUCUCCAGGACUGAGUUUCCAGAGAGCUGGUUGUGGCAAACAGUACACCUGACUGCACCUCCUAAUCAGCACGGGAUCUCUUCAAAGACCAUGCCUAUUUUCCUGAAGGAUUCCAUCACAACCUGGGAGGUUCUGGCUGUGAGCAUUUCAGACACAAAAGGGAUCUGUGUGGCUGAUCCUUAUGAGAUAACUGUAAUGAAGGAUUUCUUCAUUGAUCUGCGGCUGCCCUACUCAGUAGUGAGGAAUGAACAGGUGGAAGUUCGGGCUGUUCUCUACAACUAUGGGAAGUUAGACAUCAUGGUGCGGGUGGAGCUGAUACACAACCCAGCUUUCUGUAGUGCCUCCACAGCUAAGAAACGAUACCGUCAGGAGAUGUCCAUUAAAGCCCAGUCCUCCAGGGCAGUGCCGUUUGUGAUUGUCCCACUGGAGCUGGGGCUGCAUGACAUUGAGGUCAAGGCAGCUGUCAGGGGCCAGUUUGUGUAUGAUGGUGUGAAGAAGAAGCUGAAAGUCGUGCCAGAAGGGAUAGAGAUAAAGCUUGUAAAGAACAUUGACUUGAAUCCAGCUGAAAAAGGAGUUGAUGGAGUCCAGGAAGAGAUGAUCCUCUCCAAUAAUUUAGAGGAUAUGGUUCCCGACACAGAGCCCGAGACCAAAAUUAGCAUCUUAGGCAAUCCCGUGGCUCAGCUUACUGAGAACUCCAUUGAUGGGUCCAAAUUGAGUCAUCUCAUCAUAACCCCUUCUGGCUGUGUGGAGCAGAACCUGAUCGGAAUGACGGCACCAGUUAUCGCCACCCACUACCUCGACAACACUGGGCAGUGGGAGAAGCUCGGAGUGGAGCGCAGAGCUGAUGCAGUCAAGCAAAUCAUGAUUGGUUAUACACGGCAGCUGAAAUACAAGCAAGCUGACCACUCCUAUCACCCUUAUAGCAACAGCAAGUCGGGCACUUGGAUAACAGCAUACAUCGCAAAGGUCUUUGCCAUGGCUAGCAAACUAGCAAGUAUUGAUUCCACGGUCCUCUGUGGAAGUGUGAAAUGGCUGAUUCUGGAGAGGCAAAAACCAGAUGGAGUAUUCACUGAAGAAGCCCCUGUAUCGAGCACAUCAAUGACGGGAGGUUAUCAGUUUGGUGAACCAAAGGUGUCAUUAACAGCCUUUGUCCUGGUUGCAUUGCUGGAGUCCCGGGAUAUCUGCAGGAGUCAUAUCAAUAGUUUAGAGAACAGCAUCACCAAAGCCAGUGAUUACUUAUUAAGAAAGUAUAAUACACUGAAAAACCCUUACACUGUGGCCCUCACAUCCUAUGCGUUAGCCCUGGCAGGAAGCCUGAAUGACGAAAGCGUGCUCAUGAGGGCAUCAACAGGUGGAAACAGGUGGGGAGACCAGAAGGAUCGUACUGUUACCAUCGAAGGCACCGCCUAUUCCCUACUGGCCUUGCUGAAAAUGAAGAAGUUUGACCACGUUGGUCCCAUAGCUAAAUGGCUGAUAGCACAGAAAUAUUAUGGAGGAACAUAUGGACAUACCCAGUCAACCAUCAUGGUGUUCCAAGCUCUUGCCCAGCACGAGAUUGAUAUGCCACCCCCUAAGGGCCAGACUCUGGAUGUUUCUCUUCUGUUGCCACGACGUUCUCGGCCAACCACUUUCAGAAUUGAGGACCAAAAUGCCCUGGUUGCCAGGUCAGCAGAGACUCAUUGGAAUGAAAAUUUCACUGUGAAAGCAUCAGGGCAAGGACAAGGGACCAUGACCAUCAUGACAGUGUAUCACGCAAAGAUGCAGGAAGAGGCUGCUCAGUGCAGGAAUUUUGAUCUACAGGUCACCGUUGAAGAACUCCAGCUGAGUCAUAAGGAGACAAAAGGAGCCCUGGGAGCAGUCAAGAUCAAAAUCUGUACCAGGUAUCUUGGUGAAAUUGAUGCCACAAUGUCAAUCAUUGAUGUCUCCAUGCUCACCGGUUUUGUACCUGACAAAGAAGACCUUAAGAGGCUUUCUGAAGGAGUCGACAGAUACAUCACCCAGUUUGAAAUUGACAAUAUCAAGUCUGAAAGAGGGAACCUUCUCCUCUACUUGCGCAAGGUCUCACACACAGAAGAUGAAUGUCUGCAUUUUAAAGCUUACAAGUAUUUUGAAGUUGGUCUGGUUCAGCCAGGAUCAGUGAAAGUAUACAAUUAUUAUUCUCUAGAUGACCAGUGCACCAAGUUCUAUCACCCAUCCAAAGAAAGUGGCCUCCUCAAUAAGAUAUGCCAUGGUGAUGUUUGCCGAUGUGCAGAAGAAAACUGCUUCUUACGCAAUGAAGAGAUUCAUGUUGAUCCACAGUUCCGGUUUUUAGAAAGCUGCAAGCCAGCAGUGGAUUACGUGUACAAAGCCAGGCUGAUUCAAAAAGAAGAAACCAACAGUUAUGACAACUACAUCAUGCAAGUUGUAGAAGUUCUUAAAGCAGGGAGUGACCCAAAUCCACAAGGCAAGCCCCGCAAGUUUAUCAGUCACAUGAAAUGCAAGGACUCUCUGCAACUGGAGGAGAACCACGACUAUUUGAUCUGGGGGGACAGCACUGACAUGUGGCCUGAAAAAGACAAUAUCAAUUACCUGAUUAGCAAGGACACCUGGAUUGAGAAGUGGCCAAAUGAUGAAGAAUGUGAUGAGGAUGAAUUCCAGCAGCUGUGCCAAGAUUUAGCUGAGUUCUCCAAUUCAAUUGCCAUUUUCGGCUGCCCAACCUAACUACAAGAGCAUCAUCUGCAGCAAGUGCAUUAAAACAGGUUUGAAUGAAUGCUCAAGGGAUUCUGUAUUGCUUCCCAAAAUUUCAGCUUCCUAUAAGCUUUUUCUCUCCUAUUUUCCCCUCCAAAUUGUUUAUACAACUAUAAAAUAAAGAUGUAAUUUCUUA